UACGUCUCAGGCGUAAGUGAUGCGGCACAUCAAGCGCUACGAGGUAUAUUCGCUACAGGCGAAAUACCGUUGAUUGCACUAAGCAGUGAACAUAGCGCUAACCUCGACGAGUACUCCACAAUGCCAUCCAGCAAAUUCUAUGCACUCGCGCUUAUUAAGCUCUUGAAAAAAUUCAAUUGGGACUACGUAACAGCUAUACUCUCUCAGCAGGACAGCGCAUCGUUGGCCGUUUACGGUCAAUUCGAGCGAUUGGCUUCAGAACGUGGCAUUUGCAUAUCGGAUGAAAUACACGUUGACGGUGAGCACUCGCCUGAAGCAAUCACCUCAUCGACCACAAAUGUGACGUUACUUUUCACCACUGCCGCUGAUGCGGCCAACUUUUUCGCGGCUAAACUCCGUAGAGAAAGUUCAUCAGCUCAUGUCUACGUCGUAAUUGGUGAUGCACAUGACUUCUAUCUUCAUGAUCCAUCGAAUGUUGCAAAACUUGUGGGAACGGUUUCAUUGCAACCCAAGGAUGUCUCCUAUGAUGAUUUCCGGGAAUGGUUAGAAAUAACCACACCUUUAACCCUACCUGAGCAGUGGUAUUGGCGUUUUGUUGAAAAUCGUUGGCAGUGUGCAUUAUUGCAGUCGAGCCGAAAGACUUAUAAUGAUAAACUUUGCACGGGUGAUGAACUUCUUGAUGUACCUAUGCUAGGAGUGAAGACAUCAAGCAGAAAUCAAAAGAAUUUAGGUCGUAUGACACGAAGCGGUUAUUUGUCGCGAGGUGUGGAACGUUUCCUCUUUGCAAUGGAUGUCGUUUAUCGACGGCUGUGUCCAGAACAAACGGGCGUUUGCAGCGAUUUUUAUAGAAAUGGACGUUCAUUCUCAUAUCGAACCAUUGGGAAUUGGUCACUGGAUGAUGGUCUCCGCUUCACUGAUGCAUACAAGAAUUUCGAUAUUAAUGGUAAUCAAAUUCCAUCGCAAAACGCCGCAGCUCUAAGAACAGUCUCAAGAUGUGAACCACCACUGUGUAAAUGUUGGAUGGAUAAAGACUUCUUCAAGAAUCCCCUCCAUAUGCCCUUCAAUGAGGAUGUCACUCUAUUAGGUGGAUCGUACGUGCAGAGUGAGCCAACUGCGUCCAACAAUCAACUCGGACAGCAAGAUUCACCUGUUUUGAAACAUAUCACAGAAGGCCAGUGGCAUAUACAUGGUAGUAAUUAUGCGUUCUUGGUGAUUAUCACUUUGCUCAUACUGACUGCAUUAGCGGUGCUGCUUCUGAUUUGUGUGAAGGUCUACUUGCGGGUUGUAAAAGGAAACCAAUCGUUGGGUAUAUCAUUAUUGGUUGGCAUCAUAAUUCUAUAUUUUACUGGCUACGCGUUCGUAUUCGAUCCAUCCGAUAUCCUGCGCAAUGCGGAAACGAUCGGAUUUUCGCAUUCAAUUCAUAUAAGCUUCUGGAAUUAUUGGUUACUGCUAUUCUUUAUUCUUGGUGUUCAAAUCGCCCUCUCUGUCAGAUGGGUAACUGAACAAUUCGCAGCAAGCAUUGUGCUUGACGGAACGUCGAUGCAUACCAGAUGUACAUUCGGAGUUGAGGAAUUCCUUUUAUCGCAGACCUACGUGGUAUUGCUGUUGAUAUUGGCGUUGUUCAUCAACAGUCGAAACAGGAAUAUCAAACGCAAUUAUAAAGAAACUAAAUGGUUAUUCAUUGCUGCGUUAACGUGUGUACUUUUAUGGAUGGCUUGGAUGAUUACUUACGUUGCAGUGUCACCGCCAUAUAAGGAUAUGGUGAUUGUUGUGGAACUGAUGUUAUGCGCAUCAGUCCUACUGAUAUUCUUAUUUGGGCCAAAAAUUUACAUUUUACUAUCCUAUGAACCAGUUAUAGUCGAAUAUAACGCUCAGGCUGGAAAGUGCAAGGACGGCGUUUAUGAGAACGGUCUUUUUGAGAAAGAUGACGAGAUGAAGCGAUCAGUAUCGCCAACAGACAGUUAUGCAACAAUGACUCAGACAUCGCUUUGUAAUAUUCAUAAGGCCAGUGCUGCAACACCACAUUCAAUAGCCUCAACAAGCGGAGCUUGUAGUGAUGAGCAGGUGCGGUUGAAACUGUCACUUUUUGACGGAUACUUUCCGCUUUUGUUCUUAAUAACACCAAGUUCUGAUCAGUGA